AUGAAUAUAAUUGGUUUUAAAUCAUUUAAAGUACUUGAAUGUGCACAUUCUCUGUGGAUAUAUGAUUGGAAGAGCUUUCUUGUGGGGAUGUGGAAAUAUGCAAUGCUUUAUAAUGCAUUUGAAAGAAAGACAGAACAGGAAAUCACCACUGUUAUAACUAUAUUAAUAAUGUCUUGACGAGUAUGUUAAAAUGGUGUUGCUUUAAAUCCGCUCAUGCUAAUAUAACCUCUAGACUAGUGGUUGAGGUGUGUGAUUUUGCAGAGGUGGAAAUCACACCCCACCUAACCUAAUGCACUCUGCGGCUCCAAUAAAUUGGUUGGUUCCUGCCUCCCACCAAGCAUUCCUGGGAUACUCUCUGGAUACACCAUGACCCUGACAGGGAUGAAGAUGCUACUGAAAAAAAGUGAAUUACUUAAAGACUACUAGUUUGAGGAAUCAAAUUGGUAAUAUACUCACUGUCCAUUUUAAUAGGAACACCUGCUCAUUUAUGCAGUUAUCCAAUCAUGCAGAUAUAGAUCAAGAGCUUCAAUUAAUGUUCACAUCAAAUAUCAGAAUGGGGGAAACAUGUGAUCUCUGUGACUUUAACUAUGGCAUGGUUAUUGGUACCAGAUGGGCUUUUUUUUUUUUUUUUUUUUUUUAAGUAUUUCAGAUACUGCUGAACUCCUGAGAUUUUCACACACAACAGCAUCUAGAGUUUACAUAGAAUGGUGCAAAAACAAAAAACAUCUAGUGAGCAACAGUUUUGUGGGUGGAAAUGCCUUGUUGAUGAGACAGUUCAGAGGAGAAUGACCAGACUGGUGUGAGCUUACUCCUGUAUCUGCAUGAUUUUAUUCAUGAUUGACUGAAUAGACAACCGCAUAAAUGACCAGGUGUACAGGUGUUCCUAAUAAAGAAGACGUUGAGUGUAGAGGACCUGCAUUACAGUGCAAUGCCACUAAAUAGGCUAAUACCAUUAAUUAAUAUUUAGUGGUUCACUAGGCCACAUGUUCUUCAAGCUACACUAUAUGGCCAGAGGUUUAUGAACACCUGGUCAUCAUACCCAUAUGUGCUUGCUGAACAUCCCGUUCCAGAUUUGGUCCCCUCUUUGCUGUUAUAACAGCCUACACUCGUCCAAUAGAUUUUGGAGUGGGAUUUGUGUUCAUUCAGCCACAAGAGCAUUAGUGAGGUCAGGCACUGAUGUUAGGCGAGGAGGUCUGGGGUGCAGUCAGAGUUCCAGUUCAUCCUAAAGGUGUUCAGUGGGGUUGAGGUCAGGGCUCUGUGCAGAUCACUCGAGUUCUGCUCCAAACUUGGCAAACCAUAUCUUCAUGGAUCUCACAUUGUGCACAGGGGCAUUACCAUGCUGGAACCGAUUUGGGCCUUUUAGUCCCAGUGAAAUGAAAUCUUAAAGCUACAGCAUACAAACACAUUCUAGACAACAGUGUGCUUCAUACUUUGUGGGCACAGUUUUGGGAAGAACCACAUGUGAGUUUGAAGGUCAGGUGACCACACACUUUUGGUGAUAUAGUGUACACUGGUAAGGGUUAAGGUUAAUUUAACACAAUUUCAGGAAGCCCAAAACAGAAGUCUGAUUAAAAGCAGCACACAAAGUCGUUACAACCAACCAAUUAAGGCAAGUAUGUAUAACGUGUAUAUGACUGCGGGUCAGUGGACUUCUUACAGAUUAAAUAUUAUCAGUAAAUGUGUUAUGUUAAUGAAUUAAAUGUGCUGUAUCACUGCUGAUAACUAUGUACCUGUUUACUAAUCAACAUUAAUUAUUUUAUGUUGACUACAUUUCCUCUGGCACAGUUCGGCAGUUUUUAUGUGUUGUUUUUAAUUUAUUUUUAACAUUUUUUUUAACAUUACUAUUGGCUCCAUUUACGCCUGUUGUGCGCAAAGUGCGCUUGGUGUCCAUGGUAACGACGCUACUCCGACGUCAAUUGCCUAGCAACUGCGAGAAAGUUUAUAAAAAGAACGUGUUGUUUUAGUUAGCUUUAUUGCUAGCCCGUUGUCGGCUAUUAACAAAGCCAAAGUCAUUUUUCAGUGUAAUGGUAUUUUAUUUACGUGUUUUCCGACGGUGGAUGUGAACGUGCUCAGCAUACCCUGAGCAGUGAAACUAACUGAAAAGUUACCUCUGUCAUAUAUUAACGUGUCUGUGUUACAUAAGUAGCUAACUAACGCCGCUAGACUAAUGAGCUAGGCAGCUUAUCUGUUCAGUUGUUAAAGUCGGCUGUAUACACGGCUGGGAAUCGGGAGAUGAUAUGCAGACCUCAGAUGAUCCCUAUGAGAAGUUCAUUGUGCAGCAUUUAAAGCAUUAUGGACUUUUUACAGGUCAGAGUUCUACAUUUCUUCAGAGAAAUGUUUCAACAGGCAGACUAUGGGACAGCAGCCAUGAUUCUGUGGCCACAGAUGUCCUCCAUUCAACUGCUGACAGCACAGACAUAGACGAGGAACAACCACAGGCACAUCAGGGACAAUUCUCUUUCAACAUGGAAAAAUAUCUCAGGACCAGGCAGCUGCUAAUUGACCUUGAUGGUGGAAGGCCUAUCCCACGCCUGAGGGAACCACUGGACCUCUUUUCUAUCCCUUCCAUUUCCUGUCCGUUCCAGGGUGUUCGCUGGCCAGUUGAAUGUGAAGUCGUCUGUGACAAAAUCCAUCACAUAGAAUGGGAUCCUCCAGAACCAGAACCAUUUUAUCAACCUACAGGCCAUGAGCAAACCCCCAUGCCAGGGGGAGAAGAAAAAGGAAUCACUGUGUAUUUUGUAGACUCCGCCACAAAAAUGUCCUACUUCACUCGUUCCCGUGUUGGUGGCAGCAGGAGGCAUACAAAGAAUUUCACAUCUAGUGCCGUCAGCCAAGAGACACCUACCCUGUCUUUUGAGUCCAGAUUUGAGAGUGGUAAUCUUCAAAAAGCAGUUAAAAUUGGUCAUUAUGAAUAUGAGCUCACUUUGCGCAAUGACAUGUACACUACAAAGCACACACAGUGGUUCUACUUCCGUGUGAAGAACAUGAAGGCCGGUGUCACAUAUCGUUUCACGAUUAUCAACCUGAUGAAAUCCAGCAGUCUGUACGAAGCAGGCAUGCGUCCACUGCUGUACUCUGAGCUUGGUGCCUGGCUGAAGGGAGAGGGUUGGUACCGUGCAGGCAGCAGUAUUCGGUAUUACCGGAAUCAGAGUGAAAAAGAGGGCAAACCACUCUAUUCGCUCACCUGGACACUUGAGUUUCCUUAUGAAAAUGAUACCUGCUACUUGGCCCAUUGUUAUCCGUACACCUACUCGGACCUGCAACACUAUCUACAAGGUGUGGUUUCAGACCCAGCUCGGGCAGUGUACUGCAAAGUGCGGGUACUGUGCCGAAGCUUGGCAGGAAACUCUGUGUAUGUGCUGACUAUUACUGCACCCUGUGGCACCUGGCAAGAGCGAAGAAACAGGCGAGCAGUGGUAGUAACAGCACGGGUGCAUCCGGGGGAAACAAAUAGCUCAUGGAUGAUGCAGGGCUUCUUGGAUUUUCUGUUGGGUAAAUCACCCGAUGCACGUCUACUGAGGGAAACCUUUGUGUUUAAGGUAGUGCCAAUGCUGAACCCUGAUGGCGUGGUGGUUGGGAACUACCGCUGCUCUCUGGCAGGACGUGAUAUGAACCGCAACUAUCGAACUCUACUUAAGGAUUCGUUCCCCUGUGUAUGGUACACUCGCAACAUGGUGAAACGGUUGCUAGCUGAGAGAGAAGUAGUGUUAUACUGUGACUUUCACGGCCACAGCAGAAAAAACAAUGUAUUCAUGUACGGUUGCACUGAUCGUAAGGAUACUUCACUACAUCUUCAGGAGCGUGUCUUCCCUCUGAUGAUGAGCAAAAAUGCCAAAGACAAGUUUUCUUUCAGGAGUUGUAAGUUUAAGAUGCACAAAGGCAAAGAAGGCACUGGUCGCAUUGUAAUGUGGAGGCUCGGCAUCAGAAACAGCUAUACUAUGGAGUCCACCUUUGGAGGCUCCACUUUAGGUGGCAGAAGAGGAACUCACUUCUCUGUGGGGGACCUGAAGUCUAUGGGCUACCACUUUUGUGAUACCCUCCUGGACUUCUGUGACCCAGACCAAACCAAGACUGAACAUUGUCUAAAGGAACUGGGAGUUUUGCUGAAGCAGGAGAUCAGACGGAAGCUGGGCAGGGAUGUGGACUCCCUGGAGGGCCUCUCUGAUGUAGACAUUGAGUCCAGUACAAGUGGAUCAAAUAGCACAGACUCAGAUGGUCUGCCUGUUCAUCUUUUAAACUGCACAAACCAGGAUAUAAAAGUCAAGAAGAAGCAUUUACGGAGCAGAAAAGAAAGGAAUAGAUUACGACAGCAGGGAGCACAGAGUGCAAAAUCCAAGAUCUUUCACAGAGUCAACAAAAACACAGAUACGAUGCCAACAAAUGAAGAUCUAGUGACUGAAACACUCCAAGAAAAAACAAUCACUCCAGUGAAAGAGGGGAAGGACAAGAAACCAAAUGCACAGUUAGUGAGGGUUAAUCAGUCUGGAAGGACCUGGAUCCCACAUCCCAUUCCACGUGUUAGUCUUACUGGCCAUGAGACUUUUUGGGAGAACAAGAAAGACAAGCAUGGCUUAGGUUACUCUCCUAGCUUAUUAGAUGAGACUGAAGAGUCAGUAAAUCACUCCCAGAAGCAAACACAGCACCAGCCUCUGAUUGUAACUGCAAUUCGCCAUAGAUUAUCAUGUUUGCCAAUUCAGCAGUUCCCCAUGCUUUUCAACAAGGAUGACAAAGCAUACUCAGGAAUGAGAGGAAGGUCCUCUGUUUCAAAAAUCUCACUGCAUAGGGUUGUUCCACAGUUCAUUUCUGUUAAAGGCCUAGAACUCAGCCGCUCAGCCUACUCCUCUCCAGCCCACACUGCCAACCAGCAAAAUAUCAGGCAGAAAAGAACACCACAGUCAACCAGAGUUUCACUUGAAUCUUAUAUGCCAGAAAAACCAAACACUGCAGGCACCCUGAGGACCAAUCAUAAAAGAAAUGCACUAGUGACCAAGAGACAUUUACCGGCAGCAGGUCUGGCAGUACUGGAGACUGAGCAGUCCAGUGAAGCAGAGCAGCUCAGUAAACAAGAAACAGGGAACUACUCUUUUUUCCCUGAUCUAAGAAGGCCUGGCAAAAGCAAUAGGAUGUCCUCAGAUGAACUGGCUGGACUCAGAGCGCUGAGGCUAGAGACAUCACUUGAUGGGCAGGAAGAUGGAGCUUCAUCAGGCAGCUGGAGCAGUGAAGGCGGAGGGGUGCAUGCUUUCCAGAGGUUGGAGAAAGAAUAAAUAAAAGCAUAAAGCCACAAGCUCAUGAUGAAGAGGAGUGAAAAGAGGUCACUUCAGAGAACAGCCUGGAAACAGGACACCUGAAGUAAAAGAACACCCGGAGUAAAAGUCCAGAGAUGCUGGGGAAUAGUUCCUUGAAGUACUCCAAUUAUUUCUUUAAUUUCUUCAUCCAUACAAAAAUGCUGAGUAAAGAACAAUACAAUAGCAAAAUGUGUCUCACUUUGGCUCACAAAAACAUGAUGGAUAGGAGCACGUACCUCUCUGGAAUUAGAAUGUACUUUGAUUAUGCAUGAAACUUUUGUGUUUAUUAUCAGGCAUUAUUAUUUUUAUUAUGUUAUUAUUUUUGCAAUCAUUUCAGCAAAGUAAAUUUUUAUGUUUAAAAUAUAAAUACGGGGAUGCUACUGCCAGGGACAAAACACUUCCCUAACGUUUUUGUGUGCUCGUUGUGCAUGAGU